AUGCCAUCCUCAGGGCGGUCAGGAGCAACACAGUUAGCGCUGUAAAGCCUAUCUUCAAGGGUUGCACCUUCCACUCGGGAUGGCUAUCCAUCAGUUGCAGAGAUGCUGCGACCGCGGGGUGGAUACGGAACACUGUUCCAAAGCUGGCACCAUGGAAGGGGGCGAAGAUGAAAGUGGUCGAGGAGGCAGAAACACCUCGCCGCAUCAUUCUUGUGGGACUCUUCCCGGAGCUGGACAGCUCUGCCAGUGAGGAUGCGCUCAGUCUGCUUCAGGCACAGAAUGACGGCCUGAGAAUUCCGGACUGGCGCAUUCUGAAUCGAGUACGCAGGUCAACAAUGGCGGAAAUCACCAUUGCAGUUGACCCGCUAUCAGCGGACACGCUAAAGCACCGCGGGAACGUGGUAAACUAUGGCUUUGGCGUAGUAAAACUUAGGGAGAAAGCCAAACCGUCGAUGCCCGUGGUAGACAAAGAUGCCGCCGACACCGAAUACCCUAACUCGGAGGAGCAACCUUGCUGCUCCAAAGACGUCAUCGUAGCUCCCAGGCAGCUACCCAAUGACACGCAAGUGCAGCAGAAGUCAUCGGAGGUUGGCACAGAGCUACACGUAGCAUACAAAGCUCCAACAACGCCUCCGAAAACAGCAACAACAACAUGCCCGACCCUACAACAGGUGCUGGAAGAAGCCCAAAAAAGCGUCGGACCCAUCGCAUCCCCAAAGCCUGCAAAACGGCCACCACUACAUGGCAGCUCCAAAGCGGCUAUGUCCAGCCGCAAAGGCAAGGGAGAUGCAAGGACGGCCGAAGAAGCGGUCUUGCUGAAGGGCAACAGGGGGAAGAAGGUGGAUGCUCGCGGCCGAAAUGACCGCAAGUAAUGGCACCUCACCCCAAAAACUCCACAAAUCUGAGGCACAUUAAAUGCCUCCAAGUGAACCUUCACCACGCGAAAGCAGCAUCAGAUGUUUUACAUAGGAGGUUCACAAACGAAGGCUUAGGUGUAGCCUUCAUCCAGGAACCCUGGAUAUUAAGAGGUGACGUCAAAGGCCUUAAUAUAAAGGACGUUCAUUACGGCAGAUCUCGUUGCGGUAUGGGCCAAAAUUCCUACUCCUAGG